AGACACUUGAAUAUAUAUAUCAGUUAUGAUAAGAUUCUGAAGUAAAAAUUAUUAUAUGUGAACGUGCAUACAUGUAAAAUACAUAAUGUAUAUAUAACCAACGUAUUAUUCGAAUGAGUUUCUUAUUGUAAAUAAGUGUGAUUAAGCCACAGUAUACUUACCUACGUAUAGGAAAUACAAUCGGAGGAAUCGUUGUUUCAAGACCGUGUGAACUUAUUGUGAACUUAUUGUUUAUUUUUCUUUCUUUAUUCCUCUACAUCGUAUCGUAUUUGUUUAAAAGUUAAAAAGAAAAAAGAGAUCAUGAAAUCAUCAAUCGUUACUAUAGUAACAUAUUUGUCGAUUCUCAAUGUAGGACUUAUUGACAGUGCAAGAAUUUUGAUUAUCAUUUCAGUUCCUUCUUAUAGUCAUCAAAUUGCCUACCAAUCUAUUUGGAAAACUUUGAGCUUACGAGGUCAUCAAAUUACCUUGGUAACUAGCGAUCCAAUCCCCGACAAAAACUUAACAAAUUUCAGGCAAAUUGACAUUAGUAACAAUUAUAAGUAUAUACGAAGUAUUAACUUCCUAGAAACAAAAGGCAAAUACUCGUGGCAGGCUAUCUUGAACAAAUAUUUUUAUGAAAUUUCAAGUAUUUUAGCCGAAAACAUUUUCGAUCAUCCUGAUUUCAAGAAAAUCUACGAACCUAAUAGCGGGGAAAAAUUCGAUCUUGUGAUAACAGAAGCCAUUAUAACGCCAUCCGUUUAUGUCUUUGCACACAGAUUUAAAGCUCCUUUGAUAGGUACAUAUUCAUUAGGCCUUUUACAAAUGUCUCAUUUUGCCUUUGGUAAUCCAUUAUUACCAUCGCAUCCUUCAACUUGGGAGAUUGAUGUCACUGGUUCGAAUGUACCUUUUUGGACAAGAGUACAAAAUUACGUUAUAACGUUAUGGCACAUAAAAGUAGAUUGUUAUAACAUAUUCUAUAAACCUCAACAAGAAAUUGCAGAAAAGUAUCUAGAUAAUAUACCUUCUCUUAAAGAUUUAGAAAAGAAUAUGAGUAUCGUACUUGUUAAUCAGCAAGAAGAAAUUUCGUUUAACAGACCUAACGUUCCCAAUAUUAUACAUUUUGGUGGUUUACAUAUAAGAAAUAAAUUGAAUCCUUUGCCGAAGGCAUUACAAGAAUUCGUAGAUAAUGCAUCGAAUGGUUUCAUUUAUGUUAGUCUUGGAACAAACGUACAUCCAUCAAUGUUCUCAGAUAAGUUGAAAAAUAUAUUUUUCGAUACUCUAUCGAAUUUAUCGGUAAAGGUUGUGUGGAAAUUCACGGAAAAUUUUUCAACUAUACCUAACAACAUGCAUGUCGCAGGAUGGUUUCCACAACAGGAGAUUUUAGCACAUCCGAACUUGAAGCUGUUCGUUUAUCAAGGUGGACUUCAAAGUACGGAAGAAGCUGUAUAUUCUGGUGUACCUCUUGUUGGAAUACCAAUAUUAGCUGAUCAAGACAUGCAGGUUAAUAAGAUGGUGAGUUUAGGGGUGUGCAAGAAAAUCGAUAUUUUAGGAAUUACGAAAGAAGUUUUAAACGAAGCGAUUAUAGAAGUUUUAAAUAACAAAAGUUAUAAAGAAAAUAUGUUGAACCUUAAGAAACUCAUCAAAGAUAAACCAGUUGAUAUGAUGGACAAGGUCAUUUGGUGGAUAGAAUAUGUUAUUCGCCAUAAAGGUGCGCCUCAUCUGCGCUCUAGCAUCGUGGACGAACCUUGGUAUCAAAGAUACAAUACCGACGUCAUCGCCUUUUUAGCCGUUGCAUUGUUUAACAUCGCUCUCCUUAGUUUAUAUAUCGUUUAUAAAAUACUAGUACUUAUUAUAAAAUAUUACGCAACAUCGGUGAUAGAUGAAAAGAAGAAAAUUAGUUAAAUGAAUAUAUAUAAAAAAGUAAAAUAAGAUUUUAAACUG